CGGCGUGCCCUGCGCGCCGCGGAAGCGGAAGCGGGCACUUCCGGCGGCGAUGGCGCGAGUUCCCCGCGUGCUGCUCAUCUUCGGCAGCUUCGUGGCCGCGGUGGGGGCGGUGGUUUACCCCAUCUACGUGCUGCCGCUACAGCAGAUAGAGCGCUACAAGCAAGAACAGGCACAGAAUCGAGCUGGUAUUGUUCAAGAAGACAUCCAGCCUCCAGGGUUAAAAGUAUGGUCUGAUCCAUUUGGAAGGAAAUAACAGUGCUGCCUGUGUAUGUUACAAGAUGUAACUGAAGAUGGACAUCUUCAAAGCAGCUCUUCUCUCUGAUGCUAGCGGAUGAGUUGUGCAGGUGCUCUUAGAAGAGAAGUUUUCUUAAUAUUGGGGCUGAGUGAUGUUAUCUGCUUAUAUAGAGAGCAGUAAGUGCUAUUGAUUGGGGUUUGGUUUUGUUUUGUUUUUCUGCCUCUACUGCUCCAGUAUUAAUUUUGACAAAGUUACUGGAACAAAAUGCUCUAACUGUAAAGGCUAAGUGAAUAGUGUUUAAAGCUGAAACGUGCUUUCAUUGUAAGGAAGGGAAAAGAUUUUGUUGGUGUGAUUUAUGUCUCACCAUGUAUAGAUUAAGUAUGAUUGGGACAAGUUAUGCAGACCACCGUUGAGUUUACUCCAUUGUUUGAUUAUUUCUUUUUGUAAUUUUGUACAUAUUCUAUUGUAAUAAAAUUAAAGAUAGUAUAUGUAGGUUGAGUGAAGAGUACAGAAAAAAUACAGUAAAUGUACAUCUAUUAAAUUAUAUAAAAAUCAUGUUUUUAUU